CUCACCUUUCACCGCCGGACGCCGCCGAGGUCGCACGCGUGAGGUCUGUCCACCGCAACCGACAUGCGCUACGUUGCCUCUUAUCUGCUGGCCGCCCUCGGGGGCAACUCCAAUCCCAGCGCCAAAGACAUCAAGAAAAUACUAGACAGCGUGGGCAUCGAGGCGGACGAUGAACGACUCAACAAGGUCAUCAGUGAGCUGAAUGGAAAGAAUAUUGAGGAUGUCAUCGCUCAGGGUGUUGGCAAGCUGGCCAGUGUGCCUGCUGGUGGGGCUGUGGCUGUUUCUGCUGCCCCUGGCUCUGCAGCUCCUGCUGCUGGUUCUGCCCCCGCUGCAGCAGAGGAGAAGAAAGAUGAGAAGAAAGAGGAGUCUGAGGAGUCGGAUGAGGACAUGGGAUUUGGCCUGUUUGAUUAAGUUCCCCUGCCAAUAAAGCCUUUUUAUGUAUUUUGAGUGGCAAAAAAAAUAAAAUAAAAUAAAAUAAAAUAAAAUAAAA